AUGCAGACCCUGAGAUGGGAGGCUGCCCAGCCCUACAUCCCCUCAGGGACCCUUGAACUCAACUUCCCCGCCCCUCUCUACAGCGAUGACUACCUGUCCCUGGAAGGGCCCCGCUGGGCACCGGCCAUCAAGCAGGCGACACGCUGGAAGUACACGCCCACAGGAUGUGACGCUUCCGGCCAGCUGUGGUACACAGGCCUGACCAACUCGGACCCCCGGGAAGCCUGGUACAACCUGCCCCGGGCCCAGGACAGCCCCUACCGCGAGGCUUACGCCCGCUGGCACGGAUGCUACCGCCACCGUGAGCAGAGCCUGCCCCCAGCCUACACCCAGCACCUGCGGGAGAGCGCCUGGUACGACCCCAUCGUCCCUGCCCAGUACACGACCCCCAGCACCCGGUGGGGGAGCAUGGUGUGGAAGGACAGGCCCACCCGGGGCAAGGAGCUUGUGCUCAACAGGAACCGGCAUGAGGUGGAGCCACUGUGGCGGGCGUCGGACUACGUGCCCUACCUGUCGGCGCCCCAGCGGCCACGAUACACCAUCCAGAACUACCGGCAGUGGGACCUGGAGCCCUACUGCCCCUCGACCAACCUGCGGCCCCCGCCUGUCCACAUGCCCACCCACUCAUAAAGGCCAUGCUGCCGACGCCUGGCCCUCUGCCCUCCACGGGGACCCCACGCGCCUCCAUCCUCCCUCCAGUUUUCUGCGCAACCCCCCCCAACAUCUGUCCAUAUCUGGGGACAGGUG